CAAACACACAGAGACACAAACUCUCUCUCUCUCUCUCUCUCUCUUUCUCUCUGUAGGAAGAUAAUUGUCUUAAUCUCCAAUCUCCAAUCUCCAUGAAGCUUACUGCUUCUGGGUAAGUGAUCUUUAAUUAUCUGAAAGUUAAGGUUUUUGUCUCUUUGUCUCGAUGGAUACUCUCUUGAGAACACCCAACAAGCUCGAGUUUUUCAUCCCUCAGUUUCAUGGGUUUGAGAGAUUAAGUCCAAAUCCUUCACGGGUCAAGCUUGGUGUGAAGAAAAGAACAAUCAGAAUCGGUAGUACUAGUACUAGUAGUAGUAGCAGUGCUCUUUUGGAUCUUGUUCCUGAAACCAAGAAGGAGAAUCUUGACUUCGACCUUCCCUUAUACGACACUUCCCUGAACAAAGUUGUUGAUCUAGCUAUCGUUGGCGGCGGCCCCGCUGGUUUAGCCGUGGCUCAGCAAGUCUCCGAAGCUGGACUCUCUGUCUGCUCCAUCGAUCCUUCCCCCAAACUCAUUUGGCCUAACAACUACGGAGUUUGGGUUGACGAGUUCGAAGCCAUGGACUUGGUAGACUGCCUCGACACCACCUGGUCCGGCGCCGUCGUCUACAUCAACGACGGCUCCGAAAAGGACCUGUCCCGGCCUUACGGGAGAGUCAACCGUAAACAGCUCAAAUCCAAGAUGCUUCAGAAGUGCAUCACCAACGGUGUUAGAUUCCAUCAGGCUAAAGUCACUGACGUGGUUCACGAGGAGGUUAACUCCACUGUGGUUUGCAGUGACGGUGUGAAGAUUCAGGCUUCUGUUGUUCUCGACGCUACUGGGUUUUCAAGAUGCUUGGUGCAGUAUGAUAAACCGUACAACCCGGGUUAUCAAGUAGCUUAUGGUAUCGUUGCUGAGGUCGAUGGUCACCCGUUUGAUGUGGACAAGAUGGUGUUUAUGGACUGGAGAGAUAAGCAUCUUGACGCGUACCCUGAGGUUAAAGAACGGAACAGCAAGAUCCCUACGUUCUUGUACGCGAUGCCGUUUUCUUCAAACAGAAUCUUUCUCGAGGAGACGUCUCUUGUGGCUAGGCCGGGUCUGAAGAUGGAAGAUAUCCAAGAGAGGAUGGUUGCGAGGCUGAAACAUUUGGGGAUCAACGUGAAGCGGAUUGAGGAAGACGAGCGUUGUGUGAUCCCUAUGGGAGGUCCUUUACCGAUCUUGCCUCAAAGAGUUGUUGGCAUUGGCGGUACAGCGGGGAUGGUUCAUCCUUCGACUGGUUACAUGGUUGCUAGGACUCUUGCAGCUGCUCCGAUAGUUGCAAACGCUAUAGUGAGGUACCUUGGUGGUGGUAACAACAACGGCUUGAGAGGAGAUGAGCUCUCGGCUGAGGUGUGGAGAGACUUGUGGCCUAUUGAGAGGCGGAGACAGAGGGAGUUCUUCUGUUUUGGGAUGGAUAUUUUGCUGAAGCUUGAUUUGGAUGCUACUAGGAGGUUCUUUGAUGCGUUCUUUGACCUGGAACCGCGUUACUGGCAUGGUUUCUUGUCGUCGAGGCUGUUUCUCCCGGACCUGGUGUUCUUCGGGCUGUCGCUCUUCUCGCAUGCUUCUAAUACCUCGAGGUUGGAGAUCAUGACUAAGGGAACUGUUCCUCUUGCUAAGAUGAUCAACAAUUUGGUUAAAGAUAGAGACUAAGGACUGCAACUGCAUCCUCUUGGAUAAUUGUGUGUAUAAUCAUCAUAACAUGAUUUCUUGUGAGGAUAUAAGAAUCUUUUAGUAGUUAUUAUUCUUCUUGCAUCAAAGUUAAAAUACUUUUCAAGUGUUGUUGCA